UUCCCGAGCAGGCACCGAGCUGAGGCGAGCGAGGGGCGGGAGGCGGCCGCGCUGCUGCCGCGGACGGGGGAGGGGGCCCCGGGGACGGAGGCGGUUGCCGGGCUCCCAUGUCCCCGGCGUAUGGGGAGCAGCCGAGGAGCCGCCGCCUGGGGUCUGAAGGGAGCUGCCUUCGCCGCCACCGCCGCCGCCAUGGCCGCUGGGUCCAGCCGCCGCCCGCAGCUGCCCCUGGCGCAAUGAGGAGAGGAGCCGCCGCCGCCGCCCGCCGCUGACUGACUCGCGACUCCGCCGCCCUCCGCCGCGCCAGGCCGCGCCGCCAGCCCGCCGGAGCCCGCCGCUGCCCGAGCCGCAGCGUUUCCCGGCGCCUCCCGAGCCGCCCCUCCCUCCCUCCCAUCCCCCCUCCUUGCGAGCGUGAGGCUCGUGAUCCUUCCGCCGCUUCCCUUCUUCAUUGACUCGGAAAAAAAAUCCCUGAGGAAAAGAUAAUCUUCCGAAUACUUCUUUUCAAUCAAGUAUCUGCCCCCGUCUCACGAGAUCUCUCUAUUUUUUAGGACCCUCUGCCCCCUCGUCUCCCCUCCAAGAAAACGGAGGGGGGGAAAGAAUCGUAUUUUUUUUCCCUCAUCCCCAAAUCAUCUAUGUGAAAUAUCCCCACUGAUCUGUUUCGAAGGAGAACAUACAGAGCUAUUUUCUGAAAAAAUAGCUAUACAAAAGGAGUGCAAAGCCAAAAGGACGAAGCCUUUUUUUUUUUUUUGUGGGAGAACUUAAUGCUGCAUUUAUCAUUAACCUAACGUCCCAACCUAAAACAAAAGGAAGAGAAGGAGGAAGGAAGGAAAAGAAGGUGAUUCGGAAAAAGAGUGACCAUGUCAGGGCGGCCCAGAACCACCUCCUUUGCGGAGAGCUGCAAGCCAGUGCAGCAGCCUUCAGCUUUUGGCAGCAUGAAAGUUAGCAGAGACAAAGAUGGCAGCAAGGUAACCACAGUGGUGGCAACUCCUGGACAGGGCCCAGACAGGCCACAGGAAGUCAGCUAUACCGAUACAAAAGUAAUUGGAAAUGGGUCAUUUGGUGUGGUAUAUCAGGCCAAACUUUGUGAUUCAGGAGAACUGGUUGCCAUCAAGAAAGUAUUGCAGGACAAGAGAUUUAAGAACCGCGAGCUUCAAAUCAUGAGAAAACUAGAUCACUGUAACAUAGUCCGAUUGCGCUAUUUCUUCUACUCGAGUGGUGAGAAGAAAGAUGAAGUCUAUCUUAAUCUGGUGCUGGACUAUGUUCCGGAAACAGUAUACAGAGUUGCCAGACAUUAUAGUCGAGCCAAACAGACGCUCCCUGUGAUCUAUGUCAAGUUGUAUAUGUAUCAACUAUUCCGAAGUUUAGCCUAUAUCCAUUCCUUUGGAAUUUGCCAUCGGGAUAUUAAACCACAGAACCUCUUGUUGGAUCCUGAUACAGCUGUCUUAAAACUCUGUGACUUUGGAAGUGCAAAGCAGCUGGUCCGAGGAGAACCCAAUGUUUCAUAUAUCUGUUCUCGGUACUAUAGGGCACCAGAGUUGAUCUUUGGAGCCACUGAUUAUACCUCUAGUAUAGAUGUAUGGUCUGCAGGCUGUGUAUUGGCUGAACUGUUGCUAGGACAACCAAUAUUUCCAGGAGACAGUGGUGUGGAUCAGCUGGUGGAAAUAAUCAAGGUCCUGGGAACACCAACCAGGGAACAAAUUAGAGAAAUGAACCCAAACUACACAGAAUUUAAGUUUCCUCAAAUUAAGGCACAUCCUUGGACUAAGGAUUCGUCAGGAACAGGACAUUUCACCUCAGGAGUGCGGGUCUUCCGACCCCGAACUCCGCCAGAGGCAAUCGCGCUGUGUAGUCGUCUGCUGGAGUAUACACCAACUGCCCGAUUGACACCAUUAGAAGCUUGUGCACAUUCAUUUUUCGAUGAAUUACGGGACCCAAAUGUCAAACUACCAAAUGGGCGAGACACACCUGCACUCUUCAACUUUACCACUCAAGAACUGUCAAGUAAUCCACCUCUAGCAACCAUCCUUAUUCCUCCCCAUGCUCGGAUUCAAGCCGCUGCUUCAACCCCUACAAAUGCCACAGCAGCCUCAGAUGCUAAUGCUGGAGACCGUGGACAGACCAAUAAUGCCGCUUCUGCAUCAGCUUCGAACUCCACCUGAACCGUUUGGGCAGCCAGCUGCACAGGAAAAACCACCAGUUUACUUGAGUGUCACUCAGCAACACUGGUCACGUUUGGAAAGAAAAUUAAAAAAAGAGGGAAAAAAACAAAACCUGUUCAUUUUAGUGUUCAGUUUUUUUUUUAUUAUUGUUGUUCUUAUUUAACCUUGUAAAAUAUCUAUAAAUACAAGCCAAUUUCAUUGUAUUCUCACUUUGAGGGAGAUCCAGGGGUGGGAGGGUUGUGGGAAGGGAAAGCGGAGCACUAGAACACAUAGUCUCUCUCCCACGACAAUCUUUUUUAUCAAAAGUCUGCUGUUGUAUACUUUAAAAACAGGACUCCUGCCUCAUGCCCCUUCCACAAAAGAAGACAAUUUUUUUCUAUGCUGAAGUUUUUUUGAACUUUGUUUUCUUUUAAAAGUGAAGUCAAGACUUCGGUUUAGUGCACAGCUUGAAAUUGGUUGGGAGCUUAGCAGGUGUAACUCAGUGAGGACUUAAAUGUCACUUGUAAAACUAAUCCAUAUCCUCGGGUUUUAGCAGUCUUGCCUUUGGCAUUGUGGUAGCAGGUGUGGCAGACGAAAAGGAAAAGAAAUGUACGUCCUUUGUAACCCAGGGAGGUCAGUAAUGUUUUGAAAUUUAUUCGAAGGGGAAGAUUAAGAUGCUGAAUGGGUUUGCAAAGGUUAGGUCUUGCUCAUGAUCAACGCUAGCUGUGAAGAAACUU